CGAAACUUGGGGAAAAAAAGACAAGAAUACGGUGACACAAAAUACAAAAUAAUCAGAAAAUAUUGAAGGGAUAUUAAUGGUUUAAAUAUUUCUCCGUAGACUUCAUUCGUUUCGCAAGCUAUCCAUUGGUGAGGUUACUUCAUUGGAAUUGUCAAAACGAAGACCAUCACGUUCAAGGACAUAAUAGUGAAGUACAAUGCAAGUCUUAACAAUUUUGACAGUUGAGAAAAAGUUGAUUGCAGAUACGAAGAAAAGUAAUCGAUUCAAUAAAGACAUAAAAGUUAUAAAAUUUCAAGUACUAGCGGUGGUUAAUCAUUACAACGCUAUCAUGAAAAAACCUGUCAACAGUUUCGAUAACAAUGUUAACAAUGUGUUGGAAAUAUAUGAUAUAAGAAAAGAACUUGGUGGUGGGGACCUCGGAAGAUUAUACCUGAUUGAAAAAGAAAAACUAAAUCUUAAACAUGGUACUGUGAGACGUUUAGUCAAAUUAUUUGAGAAUAUGAAUGCUCCUUCGGCAAAUAAAUAAUAUAAGUUGAUAUAUGACUCAAAAAAUCAGA